GGGAUCGUGACGAGCUCGGUCAAUCAAUCACAUGCUCGUCUCACGUGACAAGGAGACGGACGCGUCCUGCCUCUCCCUGCGUUCUCCAGGUUUACAUCGAAUCCAGACAUUACUCUUCGAUCUCUAUCAAGUCUCCCACCAUGCCUGCACUCCCUUGGGACAAGGAAAUAUCGAAAGAGCUAGAUACUAUCCGCUCUCAAACCAGGGCGCAGCUCGAUUGCAUCUCGCGACCUGUAUUAUUGUUGUGCGCUUUCUCUGUCGGCUCUCUCACUACAAUCUGCGGUGCUUUUGCGUAUAAUCGCUACCUUCGCCGCAUUCCCAACAGUGACUGGAUCACACCAGACAUCUUCGCUAAGAAGAGAUGGGUACGAGGUACCGUCACCAGCGUCGGGGACUCAGAUAACUUCCGUUUGUAUCACACACCCGCAUUUGGAUGGAGUUGGCCAUUUAAGUUUAGGACCGUUCCAUCAACGGCGAAAGGCUUGAAGGACAAGACGCUGCACAUCCGUAUUGCUGGAGUGGACGCUCCAGAGGGGGCUCAUUUCGGUCGACCAUCUCAACCGUUCUUUGAAGAAAGCCUUGCUUGGUUGCGACAUGCUGUGCUGGGAAGGACCGUGUAUUGCCAACUGCUACGGAGAGAUCAGUAUUCUCGUGUCGUGGCUCUUGUUGUGCUUCCGCCGCGAUUUUUGGCCGGGAGUAGGCUCCUCGGGAAAAGUCUCUCCUUAGAGAUGCUCAAGGCAGGCUGGGUAACGACAUACGAACAGGCUGGCGCUGAAUACGGCAAAUGGGGAAAGGAAGAGUUCUUACGAGUGGAAGCUGAAGCGAGAGCGGCUCGUCGUGGAAUGUGGGUAAACGGCAUCCCCGCUGAAAGCCCUGCGGAGUACAAGCGACGCUUUGCAGCAAAAGAUCGCGAGACUGUCAAGACUGAUUCGGGCCCCUCUGAAACACCUGCCACUUCCGCGGCCAAGAGCAAGCGUUGGUUGUUCAAAUGGCUCUAGAACGACCUCGAGAUUGAAUCGAUAGUGACAUAAGCGAGAUGAUGUACCAUUAGCACACAUAACUCGACUUCCGCUUCC